AUGACACAAUCUCUGACCAGCAGUUUGUCAGCAACACCUUGUUGGAAAAUACGAUGGCUGCUAAAAAAAGUCAAUUUAAACAAUCUUCUCUUUCACUCUCAGUCUCAGGAGGAGGUGUGUGACCUGCUACAUGCUGCACCAUUCCAGAACAUUCUUCCCAGGGUCCAUGUCAAGGAGGGUGAGCGUCUUGAUGCCAAGAUGAAACGUCUGGAGACUAAAUACACAGCCCUGCACCUGGUUCCUCUGAUAGAACGCCUGGGAACCCCACAGCAAAUAGCCAUUACCCGUGAAGGUGACCUGCUGACCAAAGAGCGUCUGUGCUGUGGCCUGUCCAUGUUCGAGGUCAUCCUGACUCGCGUCCGCGGUUUUCCUGGACCGACCCCAUCUGGCGUGGCCAUUGCCCAGCAAUCCGGCGUGAGGCACGUGGACCAGUGUGUGGAGUUUCCCGGCUGUGGAGCCAUGCAGUUUGUUUACUGCAUCCCUGUAGGAGCACACGAGUUCACCGUGGAGCAGUGUUUCGGGGACGGUCUCCACUGGGCUGGGUGUAUGAUCAUCUCCCUACUGGGUCAACAGAGACGCUUUGACAUCCUGGACUUCAGCUAUCACCUGCUGAAGGUGCAGAAACACGAUGGAAAGGAUGAGAUCAUCAAGAGUGUGCCUCUUAAAAAGAUGGUGGACAGAAUCCACAAGUUCCAGGUUCUGAACGAUGAGAUCUACGCCAUUCUGAACAAGUACCUGAAGUCAGGCGAUGGGGAAAAUAUGCCUGUGGAGCACGUCCGGUGUUUCCAGCCUCCUAUCCACCAAUCCCUGGCCAGCAACUGAGAUUGACCAUCCAAUAGCAUGAAUCAGCAAUACAUUUCCUAUAGCACCAUCCACUUGUGUUUAACAAAGAAUGCAUCUCAAACGUUUUAUAUAAGUGCACUACCUAGGGAAUAGGGUGCCUUUUUGGAGGCACUUAUGAAAUAUUCUUCCCCCUUUUAAACUAGAUGAUAGGAACUGUGGACCAUUUUCAGCAAGUUGAAAUCAUGAAAAACAGAAAUAAACGAGGUCUAAAUCAUG